AUGAGCGCCGACGAAAACGAAGAUACCGCAAUGAUGCCGGCUGCGAACGGCGAACAUCACCCCGAUUCCUCUGCGAUCGCGACUGCAGGAAAAAGGAAGCGGUCCGCCCCAGAGGAGAACUUGCAGGGUGCCGACUCCAACACAUCCACUACGUCGCGUAACAAAGACACUCUUCAUGAGAACCUUCGGAGCCUCGUGGAUCUCCUUAUCAAGCAUGACACGGAACUUCAACUCCUUUCCUGCCCCUUCCCCACGUCCGGAGCGAAACCGCGAGCCAAGCGCGCCAAAAUUUCUAGCGACCAAGAGACCUCGAGCGUACAAACCCGCGUUGAGUCGGGCCGAUAUAAUACACUGCAAGAAUUCCUAGCUGACAUCGAAAAGGCCUCCGCAGCCGUGAUCGAGCGCACCCAGAGCCAGUCAAAUGGCACCAAGGCCGAUGGCACGCCUUUGACGGAGGUAGUGAACCGCAUCGCAGCCUUCAAAAAGCAUAUGAACAGCCUCGUCGGCCAAUCCUUUGUCAACCAGACUGAAGUCAAGACCGAAGCCUCAGAUGACGAGACGGAAGAAUCGGCUGAGGCGCUGGCAUCCAUUCCCGAUACCCGCGAGGACCGACAGGCAUUGACAUUCUUCGGUGCAAAUCCUUCCAACCCAGGAAACCCGAAGCAAUUGUUCUCCAGUCUGCAGAAAUCGAUCAAAGUGCCUCUACAGUCUUCUGAAUCCAACACGGAAAAGUUUGUUGAAGUACAAGAGCAACUCCGCGAGGCCGCCCUUCCUACCGGCAUCGUAUCCACCAAAGUGGUUCCUUACAACCUCAAUGCCACGAAGCCACCAAAGAAGACUUUCGGCGAGGUCUUUGCUCCCCGUUCGGGUCUGCCGCAGAUGGAGCCCCCACGGCGACGAAACAACAGAAGCUCUUCGGUUUCAUGGAUUGAUCCCUUCGAUGCUGUCUUCGAUACCAGGCACUUCUUGGGCGAUCGGAAUAGCUACUGCCUCACACCUCUUCCUGCUGGCCAAUGGCUGCAAUACGGCGGCGUUACAUCAUCACCUUCCUACUGGGCUCGUGUGGAGAAACACCAUGCCGAAGUUGAUAAUGGUCCAAGGCACGGAGAUCCUGCACUCUGGACUGGUGAUGAUACGUCUUUGCUGCAGGGUGUCUUUUCUUCAUUUGCCCCGUCUUUUGACAGCUCCGGUGCCGUGCUCCAGGCUGAUUCGAAAGACAUGGUGUGGUGGGAGAAGCGAGGCGCGAAGCGCUUGCGGACUUUGCUCUCUCUCCCAGAUGAGGAAGUCGAGACACCCACGGUGCAACCGGGUAGUAUCGGCGAUCUCGACGAGAGCACUCUCGAUGAAAUGGUGAAAUCGUUUAGUCCGGAGGACUUCGCCUAUGACUUUACUCAAGAUGAACCGAGUAAAGAGGAUCCCGAAUCCAGAGAAGUCGAGGAGAUGCUUGGGGAGGUUUCUGAACUGUUAGACACUCUGAGCUCGUAUCAGAAAAUCCGCAAUCUCCAUCUUCCCUCUUCAGGCGGCGAGAACUCAGAAUCAAAUGAGACUGCUGCACCGGAGUUUGGCACUCCGGACACUCCCUCCGAAGCUGAGCGCGCUGUUUACGAGACUCUGAAGGCGAGUCUGUAUGUCAUUAUCAACAAUCUCCCUCCAUUUGCAGUUGCGAAGCUAGACGGCGAUCAGCUCGCAGAGCUGAACAUCAGCCAAAAGAUUCCCAUCGAGAAUCCUGAUUACAGUGGCACCAUGGAGAAGGAUGACUACACAAUGCAUCAGGAGCGUGCAGCAACACUGGCUGCUGCUGCCGCUACUUCGAAUUCCGCGAAUCGCACCCCGACGCCUUCUGCACCAGGUGUCACAACCCCGACCUGGAUUCCAGGCACCACAGCAAGGGCGUCAAUCCUCAACCGGGGGUCCUCGUUCACCCCGGGCUACACCGGAGCUCGUCCGCCGAGCGCCUCUGCACAACGGCCUGGCUUUAUACCUCAGCAGUACUCGCAGGUGAAUGCGCAAUACAGCCAAGCAAACAACGUGCCGCAAUUCCAGCGCCCGGCGUCCAAUGGCUAUACACAAUCUCCACAGCAGUACACACCACGGCCCGGCCAACCGGCUGCACUCAACGCCACGCCCCAGGGACGCACGCCCUACGCCAAUGCAGGUGCGACUCAGCCAUAUCAAUUCGCAAAUCGCACCCCGUCGCAGACUGCAUAUUCCAACACCGCUGCCGCCGCCACUUAUGCGCGCAGUGCCGCUGAACAGCAAGCCGCGAAGGCGCAGCUUGCGGCUCAGCAGCGACAGAGCCCCUCGACGCCGCAGCCACAGGGUCUCGAGUCUCGUCACUCUCAUGAGGGCAGUCUCACCCCCGGCCAGCAGAAUGGUACUCCUGUGCCGUCAUAG